CUCAAAGCCUACUACCUGCGACUAUCUAUAUAUUUGAUAUUAUCUAUUGAGUACCUAGAGAUUCAACCAUAAAAAAGUUCAAGGCUGUCCCCAUCCGAACGGUUAAUAAACUUUGUACCCACUUAUAUAUCAUUAUUGGUAAGAAAUCGUAUGAAACUGUACAAAAAAAUGAAACUCUUCUACGAUUUACUGUCGCAACCUUCUAGGACUUUGUUUAUUUAUUUAAAGUUGAACAAAAUACCCUUUGAGGCCUGCCCGGUGGCUUUAAGAAAGGGCGAGCAUUUAACUGAAGAUUUCAAGGAAAAAUGCAGCAAGUUUGGAAAAGUGCCAUUUAUCCACGAUGGCGAUUUUCGCUUAACCGAAAGUGUUGCUAUAGUGAGAUACUUAAGUGAGAAAUACAAUGUGAAUGAGCCUUUAUACCCAAAAGAUGCCCAAUUGAGGGGCAAAAUUGAUGAGUAUUUGGAAUGGCAACACCACAAUAUCAGGGCCAACUGUUCUAUGUAUUUUAUAAUGAAGUGCAUUGAACCGCUAUUCAAAGAAGUUCCCGAUAAAAAAUUGGCCGCUUUUAAAAAGCGCAUGGAAAAAUCUUUGGUAGAUAUUCAAGAAUUAUUCCUGAAAGAUCAGGAAUACUUAGCUGGGAACUCUUUUACAGUAGCUGAUAUUUUUGCUGCUACAGAAAUUGAUCAACUAAGGGCCACUGGGUAUGAUCCCAAAGAUAACAGACCCGUUUUGGCAGCUUGGUUGGAUAGGGUUAAAUCCAAUUGUGAGCCGUACUAUUCAGAAACGCAUGAGAUUGUUGAAAGAUUUGCGAAAAAAUCGAAACUUUAGAAUUAGAAUUUUUUUCUUCAAUAUUUUUUAAUUGGCUUUAGCUAUAU